GCCGGCGCCCCAGCAGCAGCCGCGCCGCCGCCCGCGGGGCCGCUCGCCACGCCAUGGCCAUGGCCGUGCGGGGCCGCUCCGCUUCCCGGCUCCCGGCUCCCGGCGGGGCAGGCUGGGAGCUGUAGUCCUGCCCCCGGCGCCGCCCGCCCGGGCGGGGAGGGAGCGAGGGGAGCCGGCCCUGCCCCGGCCUUUGCAUAGCGGGCACCGCUUCCGAGCGCGCUUCCUCCUCCUCCUCCUGCUCCCCGCCCGGCACCGCCAGCAUCCUCAUCGCUGCGAGCAGGACCGGCGGCAGCGGCCCGGGCUGCCGCCUGAAGCAGCAGUAAUUCCUCCUCCUUCUCCCGUCCAUCAGGUGAAGAGAAGAUAAUUCAGAGAGACCAGAGAUGCCUUGGCCGAGCAGAAAGAGAGACAAAGGAGCAGUAGCAGAUAAAAAAGAGCCUGAUGCUAAAAUUGCCAAAACCGAGGAGGAGACUUCAGAUAAGGAAGAAGAAAAGUCUGCAAAACCCCCAGCUGGGAGCUCCAAGUCAGGAUGGAAGAACUGGAAGAAAAAAGAGUCUGAGUCUGGUGGGGAGGAAAGCAAGAUCACAUAUUGUCACUGGCUGCUGAAAUCAGAACCUGAGAGCAGGCUGGAGAAGGGGGUGGAUGUGAAGUUCAGUGUUGACGACUUGAAAGCUCAGCCUAAUCAGACAACCUGCUGGGAUGGAGUAAGGAACUACCAGGCAAGGAAUUUCCUGAGAUCCAUGAAACUUGGGCAGCAGGCCUUCUUCUACCACAGUAACUGCAAAGAGCCUGGCAUUGUGGCCCUCGUCAAGAUCGUAAAGGAGGCGUACCCUGAUCACACACAGUUUGAUCAGAAGGAUCCUCAUUAUGACUCCACCAGCAGAAAAGAGAACCCCAAAUGGUCCAUGGUGGAUGUGCAGUUUGUGAGGAUGACCAAGCGCUUCAUCCCCCUGUCUGAGAUCAAGGCUCACCACCUGGCACACAAAGCAGAUGGGGGGCCCCUCAAGGACAUGAUGCUCUUCACCAGGCAACGUCUGUCCAUCCAGCCCCUGACACAAGAGGAAUUUGAUUUUGUCUUGAGCCUGGAAGAGGAAAAGCCACAUUAAAGCAGCACAGCUCCCACCCAGCCCACUGAUGCCUCCUCCUCCUCCACCAGCACAGCUCUCAUGUUCACCUGCUCAAGCACAGCACCACGAAUGUGCCCCCACAAGAUCUGCAGCCACACCUCCCUUCCCCUGACACACUGUUGUUUUUGCUUAUUUUUUUCAAUAAAUAAAGCCUUUUGGAAUCAA